UUUUCUUUAAGCCCUUACACGGAUCUCUAGAUUUGGUAACAUAGCCUGCUUAUCAUUCUACCUUCGUCUCGGGUUUUAUGCAUAUCCUCCGAAAAGCCAUUACAGAGGGCUACUUGUGUUUUAAACAUGUGACUUGGGUGAGAGAGGGCGCGUGCCCGCGUCUGCCAGCGUCUGCCAGCGUCUAUCCAUUGAAAUUAGGCUCUGUCUCUCUCACACACAUACACACGGACAACGAUGCAGAGUAGGAGGGUCAAGCAGAGUUAUGUGAUGAGACUGACUUUAUAGAGGAAUAUCUACAGGCACUUUCAAUAGAGACCGAAAAGCCUCGGUGUCGCAGUCCGUUGGCGGAUGUUAAACUGAGCCACGCGCUUUAACUGCUAGCUGCGGUCUGUUUCUAACUGUUUGUACUGCUAGUGGAUUUAUCUAUUCGACAUUGUUUGACUAAAUGCGGUUAUUUCUUCUUCAAGGAACAAUUCAGAGCACUACACGGAUAACCUUACCUUCGCAUUAUAAUGGGAGCGCAUUGUUUCCGAAGUUGGACUAUAAUGAAGUAGCACCAAUUUAAAUAUUUAAGUGCUGCCUGCGUGACCUUUCGUCCAUUUUGUCUUUACGCCAAACAGUUUUCUUUAACGUUACUUCCGUGGGUCUUAAGCUGGUGCCCGUUAAAUACUCUUGUGAAGAAGAAGAGGAAGAAGAAGAAGAAGAAGAAGAAAAAAAAAACUCAUUCAGCGAAAAUCGGGACCUUAUCGGAGGAAGUUUCAGCAUAGAUCUACGUUUAGGUGAAUGUUUGUGGGGCCGAAGCCAUGCUGAUCUUCAGUUCCGGGUGGUGGAGUGUGGUCUUGCACCAGAGCCUGUGCUGCUGAAGCUUUGUGCUGCUCCCCCAUGGCUCUAUGGGAGCUGCUGUUGCUGACUUUCAGCCUCCGCUGCUGGCUGACAAGCUCUGCCAGUUUAGCUGAAGAAGGCCCUGCAGGCCCCCUGGACUGGCUUCUUUCUGACAAGGGCCCAUUUCACCACUCACAAGAGUACACUGAAUUCGUGGAGAGAAACCGUCAGGGAUUUUCCACGAGAUACAAGAUCUACAGGGAAUUUGGCCGGUGGAAAGUGAAUAACUUGGCUGUAGAGCGACGGGAUUUCCUGAACUCCCCUUUGCCUCUCACCCCGGAGUUUAUAAGAAACAUCCGACUCCUAGGACGCAGACCCACUGCCCAGCUAAUUACUGACAACCUGAUCAAGAAAUAUGGGACCCAUUUUCUACUCUCAGCUACACUAGGAGGAGAGGAGGCUCUAACCAUAUUUGUGGACAAGAGGAAGUUGAGUAAGAAAGCGGAGGCGAGCGACUACACCAGUAACAGCACGGCUGUGACUCUGGAGGCCCUGCACCAGCUGGCUGCCUCCUAUUUCAUAGACAGGGAGAGUACUCUGCGAAAACUGCAUCACAUUCAGAUUGCUUCCACUGCCAUCAAGGUAACUGAAACAAGGACUGGCCCUCUCGGCUGCAGUAACUAUGACAACCUUGAUUCUGUCAGUUCUGUGCUGGUUCAGAGUCCUGAGAACAAAGUCCAUUUGCAAGGCUUGCAGGUCAUUUUGCCAGAUUAUCUCAGAGACACUUUCGUCCAAGCAGCUCUUAGUUACAUUGCCUGCAAUGGAGAGGGAACUUUUGUCUGUCGAGACAAUGACUGCUGGUGCAAGUGUGACCCCAAGUUCCCAGAGUGCAACUGUCCCUACAUGGAUAUUCAGGCCAUGGAGGAAAGCCUUUUGCGAAUCUCUGAAUCAUGGGCUCUUACAUACAAGGAAUUUGAAGAUUCAGAUGAGUUCAAAACAUUUCUGAUGAGACUGCCGCAGAAUUUCUUCCUCAACUCCUCUAUGAUCCAACAUUUGUGGUCGCUGGAUGGUGUAUUUCAGCGGCGCUAUGAGCAGCUGGAAAGCAGCAUGAAAGGUCUCUUCAAGCGAGCCCAGCGAGUGGUUUACAAGCUCUUCAGCCUCAGCAAGAGGUGCCAAAAGCAGCCCCACAUCAACUUACCGCGUGAAAGGCCACAGUCGUAUUGGCUGAACUACUUCCAGUCUUUAUUAUACUGCUCAGAGAACAACCAGCUAGGAUCCUUCUCAGAAGAACUUCACACUUGCAUUUGUGCAUAUGACCACAGUUCCUGCCAGGUACCGACACCAUGCUCUGUGGGUGAAAGGGCCGCCUGCACCGCUUGUGCUAGUGACAACAAUACUCGCUGUGGCAGUUGCAACGUCGGCUACAUGUUAAGUCAAGGGACCUGUCGACCGAUGGUGGCAGAUUCCACAGAGAACUACCUGGGCUUUGAGACUGAUCUUCAAGAUCUGGAGCUACGCUACCUUCUACAGAGAGCCGAUCGACGUUUGGAGGUCCAUGCUAUCUUCAUCAGCAACGACAUGAGGCUGAAUAGCUGGUUCGAUCCUUCAUGGAGAAAGAGGAUGCUGCUUACGCUAAAGAGUAACAAAUACAAAUCCAACCUGGUCCAUAUGCUCUUAGGCAUCUCCCUUCAAAUUUGCCUUACGAAAAACAGCACUCUGGAACCGGCGCUGACGCUCUUCAUCAAUCCCUUUGGAGGGAGCCACUCAGAAAGCUGGUUAAUUCCUGUGAACGAGAACAAUUUCCCAGACUGGAAGUCUGCUAAGCUGGACCUUCCACUAGAAUGCUUUAACUGGACCUUGACUUUGGGCAACAAGUGGAAGACCUUCUUUGAGACCAUCCACAUUUACCUGAGGAGCCGCAUCAAAACUCCAGGCACAGGGGCUAAUGACACUGUUUACCUGGAACCUUUGGAAAUGGCUGACCCUACUAGAAAUCUGGGGUAUAUGAAGAUCAACAGCAUUCAAGUGUUUGGUUACAGUAUGCAUUUCGACCCGGAAGCAAUCCGGGACUUGAUCCUGCAGCUGGACUACCCAUACACGCAGGGCUCGCAGGACUCGGCCUUGCUCCAGCUGCUGGAGAUCCGAGACCGGGUCAACCGACUCUCUCCACCGGGCCAGCAACCUCUGGAUCUGUUCGCCUGCUUAUUACGCCACCGUCUCAAACUGACGGCUAAUGAGGUGGUGCGCAUUCAUGCCUCGCUCCAGUCCUUCAAUGCUCGUCUCCCAAAUUCUCUGGAUUAUGAGACCACUAAACUCUGUAGCUAACGGCUAAAGCAUCACACCAGACAGCAAUAGAACAACUGUAAAAAUGCAGAGUAGACUGUUAAAGUCAAAGCUGACUUUCCGUGAUAGAAACACUUUUGGACACUGGUGACAGCUUCUUUUGUGACUUUACUUUCACUAGUAGAUCAUCUUGCUCAAAAAAAGACUCAUUUUUAUUGUAUAGUACACUGAGUUCAGAGAAGAGAUUUUAAAAAUAUAUGGAGUGUUUGUUUGUAAUUUUAUAUGUUUUUUUCUUUUUUUUUUUUUUUGCUUCAGUGACAGUGCACUUUCCUUGGAAAGAAUACAGUGAUGUCAGUCAAUUUUGUAGAUAAACUGUUAUUAAAAAAAUCAUUGUUGUAAUGGAGUAAUGGUUGCAUUAUUUAUCAGCAUAUUUUUCUUGCUAUGCGACAGAUUAGUUUAUUGGAAAAUGAAACACAUUUUAUAUUUGCAACAGAGUGCACUUAAUGAAGAAUUAAAUAAAUUGAACAUGAUAUAAGACUUGAUGAAAUAAUAAUGAAACAGAUUUUUUUUGACAUAAUUAUAUU